GUGUCGGAAUGCGGGUGGGCCGUGCACGCGCGCUCUCUCUCGCUCUUGCUUGGCUCCUGUGUGGCGGGGGCGCGCAGGCUACGUCCCUGUCACGUGCCCGUGGAAGCCUGCGCUCGCUGGUUGUUGCCGUAGUCCGAGGAGGAGGCCCGGCAUGGAGCCGCUGGGGGCCGAGUGAGGGACAGCCAGGACGGCGGCUCGCAGGGACCCAGUGCGCGCGCUCUGCCCCGGGGAUGGCCCGCGGGCCGCGAUGACCCGGCCGUGUUCCCCCAGGCAGGCCGCCGGGGAGUGCUGGUGGAGGAUGUCCGGCCGGCGCUGCGCCGGGGCCUCGGCCGCUGCCCAGGGGGACUCGGCGGGCGCGGUGGAGCCGGCUCGGGAGCUGUUCGAGGCCUGCAGGAACGGUGACGUGGAGCGGGUGAGGAAACUGGUCAGCACCGAGAACGUGAACAGCCGGGACACCGCCGGCAGGAAAUCAACCCCGCUGCACUUCGCCGCAGGUAAUACAGACACGGCCUCCACCUACCGCAUACACACCUACCGCAUACACCAUGGGAGGGAGCUCACCUACCGCAUACACCAUGGGAGGGAGCUCACCUACCGCAUACACCAUGGGAGGGGGCUCACCUACCGCAUACACCAUGGGAGGGGGCUCACCUACCGCAUACACCAUGGGCUCACCUCACCUACCGCAUACACCAUGGGAGGGGGCUCACCUACCGCAUACACUAUGGGAGGGAGCUCACCUACCGGGGGCUCACCUACCGCAUACACUAUGGGAGGGGGGGAGCUCACCUACCGCAUACACUAUGGGAGGGAGCUCACCUACCGUAUACACUAUGGGAGGGAGUGAGCUCACCUACCGCAUACACACCUACCGCAUACACUAUGGGAGGGAGUGAGCUCACCUACCGCAUACACACCUACCGCAUACACUAUGGGAGGGGGCUCACCUACCGCAUACACACCUACCGCAUACACACCUACCGCAUACACACCUACCGCAUACACUAUGGGAGGGGGCUCACCUACCGCAUACACUAUGGGAGGGGGCUCACCUACCGCAUACACUAUGGGGGCGGGGCUCACCUACCGUAUACACUAUGGGAGGGAGUGAGCUCACCUACCGCAUACACACCUACCGCAUACACUAUGGGAGGGGGCUCACCUACCCGCGCCACUAUAUGGGGGGCUCACCUACCGCGCAUACACUUACUAUGGGGGGCUCACCUGCGCCACUUUAUGGGGGCUCACCUACCGCGCCACACUAUGGGGGGCUCACCUACAUACACACUAUGGGGGCUCACCCACACGCCACACUGGGAGGGGCUCACCUACAGCAUACACUAUGGGGGCUCACCUACCGCAUCCCGCAUAUGGGAGGGGCUCACCUACGCAUCCCACACUAUGGGAGGGGGCUCACCUACCAUCCACUAUGGGAGGCUCACCUACGCAUCCCACUAUGGGAGGGGCUCACCUGCCGCAUCCCACACUAUGGGAGGGCUCACCUACGCAUCCACUAUGGGGGGAGGGCUCUACCGCAUCCACUAUAAGGGGGUUAACCUACCGCGCGCAUACACUAUGGGGGUCAUAUCAGUACAUGGAAAGUGCCGCCUUGCACGAUAUAUAUAUAUAUAUAUAUAUAUACACACACACAUAUAGUAUGUCCUGGUCAUAUCAGUACAUGAAAAGUGCUGCCCUGCAGGAUAUUGAAUAAUAUAUAGUAUGUCCUGGUCAUAUCAAUACAUGAAAAGUAUAUAUUUUUAUUUUAUUUGUAUAGUGCCAUCAGAUUCUGUAGGGGUGGACUAACAGACAUUUAAUUGUAACCAGACAAUUGGACAUACAGGAACAGAGGGUGUGGAGUGCCCUGCUCAAUGAGCUUACAUUCUAGAUAUAAUACAUAUAUAAAUGUACUGCUAUUCCUGUUCAUAUCCAGUCUCUCUCUCUCUCUUCCUUUCUCUCUCUCUCCAUAUUAGUACAUGAAAAGUGAUUCCCUGCAGGAUAAAUAUCUAUUUAUACUGCAAGUUUCCUUAUUAAUAACAUUACAGCCAGUAUAGGAAUUCCACAUCCUGCAGGGGCAGCACUUCUCAUGUACCUGACAUAUACAGGAGUGAUGCAUGUCAGUGAAAGCAAAGUGAAUGUGGAAAUCCUAGUAAGAACCUAACAUACCUGUGCAAUGGGGUUGCAUGAUCAACUUUGUUUUCCUGAAACACUAUCACUACUUCCUGCUGAAAGGCAGUGCAUUGUAAUAGGUUGAGUUUAUGAGGCAAAGACAGGAAAUUAUUUAAUGAAUGUCAAGUCUUUAGGUAACCAUGUUGAUGAGUUAACUUCCUUAACUCGGGUACAUAAAGUAAUGCAAAUCUUUUCAUGUACUGGGCAUCAACAAGAGUGUGGUAUGUUGGUGAAUGUGGGAAUUGUAGUAAGAUUCCCCCUUCCAUGUGCAAUGGGAUGGCAAGAUCCGCUGUGUUUUCCUGUAAAACUAUCACCACUUCCUGCUAAAAGGCAGUGCAUGUUGAGUUUAUAAGGCACAGAAAGGAAGUUACUUAAUGCAUGUUAUUUUAUUAAGUAAUGUACAUAAUGUAUGGCAAAUCUUUUCAUGUACUGCCCAUUGGCAUGAGUAAUAUGAGUACUGGCAUCUCUACUGAGUAUUACUGCUGUAGUACAUAUUGAUCCAAAGGGCUUAAAAUAGUGGUUCACAAACAUUUUAGGUUCAAGGCGCCCUUAAUAUUUCAGUAUUUUUCUAAGGCACCCAAAGUCAGAAUUUCUAGGUUGUAUAUCUGUACAGCGCUGCAGUAUUUACUGGCGCUAUAGUGUAAUGUACAGUUUGUGUUUUGAAGGGGUGCUUUUAUAUAGUUAUAUGUUCACUUUUAAAUGUGGAUGUACAUUUGUGUAAAGUAUUUGGUUUGAGUGAAUGGGUGUGUUUUGUAUAAUUUUUUUUGAGUUUGAAUGCAGGGGUGUGCUUGUAUGUAAUCUGUGUUAGAAUGCAGGGGUGUGCUUAUAUGUUGUGCUGGUGUUGGACUGCUUGGAUGUAUGCACAAACAUACACAGAUAUUCAUGUACAUUAACACACACAUAGAUACACACCGACACACACACAGAUAUAGAUACACAUAUAGAUACAUACUGACACAUAUGCACCCUGACACACACAAACAUUGAUACAUGCCCACACCACUUCACAGAUGCACAUACACAGUGCGACGCGGCACACAGUUUGGGAAUCGCUGGGUUAAACUAUUCUCAAACACCGCAUUGCUCUGUCUAUCUGGAUAGCUCUGUCCUACUUUUUGCAAUCCUACCUAACAGAAUGCUCUGGCAGUAGCACUAUUGGUUGGGUUUGAGUGGUCAGCUGACACUCUUCAGUCAAUCAGCAGCUCCCCACUCAUAAAAACUCUAUGCAUGGCGCUUCAGCUCGAUGCUGCCGGAGCCUUCCGUAAUUUCAGAGAAACUGCUAUGUUUACCUAAGGGUUAAUCCAGCGUCUAGUGGCUGUCUCAUUGACAGCCGCUAGAGGCGCUUCUCACUGUGAAGACGCUUGCGUCCAUAGGAAAGCAUUGAGAAUGCUUUCCUAUGGACUGGCUGAAUGCGUGCGCGGCUCUUGCCGCGCAUGUGCAUUCAGCCGGUGACGUUAGAAGAGGGGGGAGAGUUCCAGCGCUGGAAAAAAGGUAAGGGAUUAACCCCUUCCUCCCCCUUCAGCGUAACGGGAUUGGGACACUUGAGGGUGGGGGCACCCUCUGGGCACUAUAGUGCCAGGAAAACAAGUAUGGUUUCCUGGCACUAUAGUGGUCCUUUAAGGCAGCAACUAUGCAGGCUCCAUACUAGUGGACAUAUCUAUACCCUUUUCUCCUAAUGUUUGUUUACAAGACCUCCUAAUACUAGUCUCAAAAUGUGGCAAGACCUUUAUUCCCACAUUUACUUACCAAAGCUUGUAAUGUUUUACAGUGUUCUGGAGGUGGAGUAUGAGCCCCUGUGGUUUGAGAUUUGAUUGUUAGAGUUUAGGGCAUAUGUUCCCCAGAGGAACUAAUUUUGUUGGUUUCUGAUUAUUAACAAAAGUACCUACUUGGUUCCAUUGGAUGCAGUGGCUGUCCUAUCGGUCUGCUGGGCCAGGUUUUUUUUUGUUUGUUUGCUUUUUAAAGCUUGGGUGGAUUCUUUUGGAACAAACAUACCCUCAUUGUGUGCUUCUUCUUACCAUACAAUUUUCCAUUUUAAAUCUGCGCCUCCCAACCACCCGCCACUCUCUCCUUCGUUAUUACUUCUCCAAGCAGGACAAUCCGCCAUGAUGGUAAUGACAUGUAGGAAUCGAUCGAUAUAAUAUUCCCAUAGGAGAUACAGAUUAUUGGAUGCCUAUAGGGGCGAUAACCGGUGCCAAUAUUCUGUGCAUUUAAAGUUUUGAAAAAGCAGCACUAUUUCUACAUAAAUCUGGCACUAACUGAACAGCAUUAACACUCGUAUCACUCUCAGGCAGUGAAUACGUGCUAGUACUUUGUUUUAUAUUACCCCAGAAAGCAUGAUAAACACUUGUUUGGAAUACCACCUGGGGGUUUCUCCUGCCGUCCCUUGUAACUCACUCUUUGCCAUAGAUUUCUUUGCUGCCAGCAUAGAUAAGUCUAUGCCAAAGCUUAAUUGCAUGCUGGGAGAGAGAAUGGAUUUUGAAAGCAUUAAAAAAAAAAAAAUCUAUUUGUUUCAUAGUAUUUUUGCCAGCACAUUUUAGAGAUGAAAAGUAAUGCUCCUUAAAGCUAACUUGUAUGUACAUGACAUAAAACAAAAACUGAACUGCUUUUAUCUUUUGUAGGAUAAACUUUGAUUUGUUAGCUGUCAGUGUACCAGUAACCUGUUUCCUGCUUUAUCCCUUGGAGUGAUAGAAGUACUAUGUUACUCUGAUCAGGCCGUGUGCUGUAGUCAGAGCGUCCUGAAAAGCAUGUGUGAGAGGAGGUGGCAUGAGUUAUGUGACUUAAGUACCAGUGCCAGGAGAGUGUAUAUCAUUUUGUCACAAGUGAUAAUUAAAUAUAUUUUCUAUUUUUACGUUAUAUGUUCAUUGCUUAAAGAGAUGUUCAAAAUUAAAGUGGAAACAUCAAUUCACUGGAUAUCACAUAAGUGAAUUAAACAUUAAAAUGACCUAUAGUUUGUGAUACACUAUUUCUAUAACAAUAUACUAUUUACUUUUUAAUUUACACUACAAAUUUAGCAAAUGAAAUCAAAAUAGAGUUCAGCACAGGUCUGACUAGGGUGCACUUUACAAAUAAGGAGAAAGAGACCAUAGUCCAAGAGUAUCCUAGUUUAACCGCACUUUGCAAAAGUGCUGUUUUGUAUGAGAAAUCAGCACUUCUAUUAAUUAACUCGGGAACUCCCCCUGGGUGUCAAACAGCCAGGAAUGUUUGCAGCCUCCUUCUGUUAGCUCCCUCACAGACCUCUGGCCAGCUCUUCUGCUCCAGACCUCAGGUAAGACGUGCACGCGGGCAGCAAGUCAAAGGCUUCUCAGUUAUUUAUUUCCCUGUGAAUUUGGGGGAAAACAGGGAAGGGAUUGCUAAGGGGGAAGUUCAUAAGAUCUGUCAAAUUUGCAAGCUCUUUAAAGAUAUACCCCCCAAUACAUACAUGCAUGUAUUCACAGGAGGUAUAUCUACUAAAUAGUGUGGGCAGUGAAGUGCUCCUUUAAGGAUUGACAUGGCGUUAUGAUGGAGAGCCCUAGUUGUAGGACAAAGAGGUGUUGAUUUCUACAUUUAAUUAAAAGAACACUCCAAGCACUAUAGCCAUUACAGUGCACUGCAGUGAUUAUGGUUCCUGGUAUGCCCUGACUCUUUCCCAGGAGAAGUAAAAACAGUACUUAUCUGGUGUCUGCAUGGCACUAGCCACUGCCUCUUUUGGAGCUGGUAGCUCCUGCUAUAGGCUUCCAUUAUCUCCACUGAGUGUCAGCCAAGUACUCUUAUCCUAUGAGCUAAGCUCUAUACUGCUAGACUUAGCUCAGUACUACAGUUUCUGGCACCCAGUGGAUUCCAAGUGAAUUGUCAAACCGUUUGCAAUUGGUUUAACUACUUACCCUGAGAGUGCGCCAGGGUGAAUUGUAGUGGUUAUGCUGCUUCGAAUGUUCCUUUAAUUUUAUCUUUAACAUCGCACAAAUAUCGAACAAACAUUAACUCCGAAAGAAUAUUUUAGCAGAUUUAACAUUUUGCUCCACAAUUACCUAGAUCGCCACAUAGUACACAUCAAACAUGGAAUAAUAACAUAACGUGGUUAGGAAAUGCUGUCUGUUUAAAUUAAGAUCCAGUUGUCAGUACCACUACAGUGACAUUACUGCCUCUUUAAGUCAACUAAAUUUGAGUAAAAUAAGAAGGCAAAAACAAACACAAGUUUAUUUAUAAUCAUGACACAAAUACUCUUUUUUUUUUUUUUUGCACAAAGUAGAGAUGUUUAAUACUGUGGGGCUACAUGGAGGACUCACGGUUCUCUGCUUAUCACUUAACUUUUUUGACCCGUUAGACUGUUUACAAAUCAGUGAGAUGGUUGCCUUUUUGUAAUCAUUAAAGGACCACUAUAGUGCCAGGAAAACAAACUCGUUUUCCUGGCUCUAUAGUGCCCUGAGGGUGCCCCCAUCCUCAGGGUCCCACUCCCGCCGGGCUGAAGGGGGUUAAACACUUACCUUUCUCCAGCGCUGGGCUCCCUCGGCGCUGGGGACUCUCCUCCUCCUUCCGACGUCAUCGGCUGAAUGUGCAUGCGCGGCAAGAGCCGCGCGCGCAUUCAGCCAGUCCAUAGGAAAGCAUUCUCAAGACUUUUCUAUGGAUGCUGGCGUCUUCUCACUGUGAAAAUCACAGUGAGAAGGCCCCCUAGCGGCUGUCAAUAUGAUAGCCACUAGAGGCUGGAUUAACCCUAAAGUAAACAUAGCAGUAUCUCUGAAACUGCUAUGUUUACAGCAGGCAGGGUUAAUCUUAGAUGGCUCUGGCACCCAGACCACUUCAUUGAGCUGAAGUGGUCUGGGUGGCUACAGUGGUCCUUUAAUCAUGUGUUUAUUGCUUAGGUCUUUAUCUUCUUAGAGAUCUAUGAGCACUGAUUUAGUAAUGACUGAUUGAACAGAUAAUGUGUUUUGAAACAUUGCACCUCAAAGUAUAUUAGGAAUAAAAAAAUGUAACUUUUUAGCAAAACAAAAAUAAAAACACUUUGCUCUGGCUGUAUAAAUUCCCUUUUUUUUUAAUAGAUUACCUUAAAAGUUGGGGGGGGGGGAGGGGCUUUUUUUCUGAAUAAAGUGUUAAAGAGCUUUGACUUUAGUGACGCUAGUGCAUAAUCACGUCAAUGGCAUACUUAGCUGACCUCGGCCUCAUGGGAACUACAUUUUUGCAAGUUAUUGCAAAUUACAUCCAAAUAACUGCUUGGAAAAAUUCUCUAAAUCAACCAUAGCCACAACUUUGGUAAAUUUUACCUCCAUUUUGCCAUUCACAAAAAUUUUGAGUUUAGGGAACAAUUGUUCAAUGUUUCUUGGAAUUUGCUGUUUCCUGUUUAAUGUUUCUUGGUAUUUGCAGCAACAUGUUAACCCCCAGCUUUCUCUCUGUAGGAUUUGGUCGCAAAGAUGUUGUUGAAUAUUUGCUGCAGACUGGUGCCAAUGUCCAUGCUCGCGAUGAUGGAGGACUAAUUCCUCUCCACAAUGCUUGCUCCUUUGGCCAUGCAGAGGUUGUGAAUCUUUUGCUAAGACAUGGAGCUGAUCCUAAUGCCCGUGACAAUUGGAAUUAUACCCCUCUUCAUGAAGCAGCCAUCAAGGGCAAAAUAGACGUUUGUAUCGGUAUGCAAAUAACACUUACAUUUUUGUGAUGCUCAAUGUCAAAAAAAUUAGACGGCAAUAUAUCUACUUCGUUUAAUCAUGUGUAUGUUUUGAGUAAUUCUAUUAUUGACAGUUUGUCAUUUGCAGGGUUAUGUAACUGAGAAUUCAAAGAGAAUUUGAACCCUCAAAAUGGGUUAAAACGCACAUUAUUUUCAGCUCUCUGCCUGCGCUGGACCCAGCCCCUUGGUGACAUCAUCAGAAAUUGCCAAUUUUUAGCCAAUCUAAUGCUUUCUCAUUAAGCUGUAGUUGUUCUGGUGACCAUAGUGUCCCUUUAAAAAUAAAAAGUGAGGACCAGUUGUACCUCUGAGAACUGAAAAUUGCACUGGAACAACUGGCCUGAAAGAGUGUGUGUGUGUAUAUCUGAGCCUGUGGGUGAAGUAUGAAAUUGUGGGAGGGGUUACUUGGCCUAUAUAUAUAUACAGGCCGCUCCUUCCUCUGUGUUGUUACCUGCCUGUUUCCCAUAUACUUUAAUAGUCACAGUUCUGAGGUUCAUGUGUGUUAGGGCAAGAAAACACCUACUGGUGUAAUCCUGAUUAGUACGGCUCUUGGAACGUUAAACCCCAUGAAUGCCAUGGACUGCAACAAGAAUUUGAAGGAUAGACUGUUUUGUGGGUGGCUAGUGUAAAUUCCUGAUGUGACUACUUCCUUUUUCCUGCAACAGUGCAAGCUACAGUGGCCUUUAGGAGUGAAAAACUAUUUGUCAUGCUUGCGUUACAAACAUUGUUGUGAUCUAGUACAAGAGUAUGUCAGCUAUUUUUAUGAAGGUUUUGAAUUCUUGGGAUCUAGCAGGGUGUCUUCACUUCAUGGCCUUUACUGAUUAUUUAGUUAUUCCUUUGUUUGGUUUAAAUCAAAUGUCACUCCUAGACAUUUUUCUUUAAUGGGGAGUUGGUGUGUAAGACAAUUAUGCGGGCCCUGCAUUUCUACUGUUACUGGGUUCAUUUGAGUAGGUUAUGAAUGUACUUUGAUAACCAUAGCAGUAGUGCAAGCCUUACUUUCUCAAGCUCUGCAAGGAGUAUGGUGCAGAUGUUACUCUGGACACCUAUCAUUGCAGAACUGGGCAUAUUGACUUAGUGACUGGUGUACGUUUGCAGACUGAUCCCACUGAAAAGGCAGUCCAGAUCAGAAAUGCUGGCUGACUCGCUCUGCAUGAGAGAUACAGUAACCUCAAGACUUUUCCUGCUUUGACAGUGUUACAGCAAUAUGGAUCUAUAGCAGAUGAGGAUGUACAAUUUGACCACCUUUGAUAUAAAAUAAAUACAUAAAGCUGGAUACUGGUGGAAAGAGAUUUAUCCAGUCUGAGGACAUGGGUUUUAUGUAAUUAAGUAACUUGCUUUUGAAUGGCAUAAAUCUAUCUAGCAGACGUGACCUAUGCCGCUUUUUUGUUUAGUCAUGUUUUUUUCCUAGUGCAGAUUUAUAAGAAUAAAUGCCAUUCGGCUUCAGAGGGGAACAGGGGUUUUCAAGCAAACAAAAUGAAAUUUUCUUUGUAUUGGCAUUUAUUUUCUGUGCUGUAUUUGAGAAAGAGGAAUGUGUAAAUUGCCAUGCCUAAUUGUUUAGAAUAUGACUGCAGAUGCAUAGAUUUUUUUUUUUGUUUUUCAUUUUCGUCUGAGUUAUUGUUUCAUUUGUAACAUGUAUUUCUGACCCUGUAGUGUCAAAAACACAAUCCAGCAUCCCUUGCCUUUUAAACGUUGUAACAUUUUACCUUUAUUCCAGUCUGCUGCUGCUGGCUCUGCCCCUGAUCUGCUUCCUUAGCUGUCUUCAGCAGAAGUGAUGAUCUCAACCAAUCACAAUGAUUUCCCAUAGGAAAGCAUUGAAUUGGCUGAGAUCAUGAAUUCUGAUGAUCUCAGUCAAGGAUGCAUCUAUAUGAGGAAAGUUCAGUGUCUCCAUGCAGAGGGUGGAGACACUGAAUGACAGCACUGUCACAGGAAGCACCUCUAGUAGCCAUCUAAGGAGUGACAACUGGAGGUAUCCUUAGGGAGCAAUGUAAACACUGCCUAUUCUAUGAAAAGGCAGUGUUUACUGCAAAAAGCCUGCAGGGACGGCCUAGACUCGUCAGAAGAACUACAUUAAGCUGUAGUUGUUCUGGUGAUUAUUGUGUCCCUUUUAAUUAUGUGCUUUAAAGGGUCUCCAUAAACACGACCACCACUUUACAUAGUUGCAAAGGAUGGCACACAGCAUGCUGAGGCCACUCUCCAUCUAAGAAUGGCUUUGAAUUUAUGAAAGUUGAUGCAGCUUUAGGACUUCUCCCUCAGAGCUGUCAGGCAGCUGAAAUGCUUGUUUCUGGCUUCCUUAAAUCCACUACAGCUCCUAUUGUGAGAGCUGAACCUUGGACUUUGCACUUCUGAUUGCAUCUCUCCCCAUCAUUGCACAUCGCCCAAUACACUAAACUGGGCUGUGUGGCAUGCCUGCUGCCUGUCCCACUCAUCCUGAUUGUGUGCAAAUGUUUUUAAUGAUAAACUACUUAAGAUAAGACUGCCUUCCUUGAGGUGUUCAGGUAGGUCUUCUUAACAGUGUUUCUGAAGGGUAAGAUAAGUAUCUUUUUUUUUUUUGUCGGUUGUAAGAAUUCAGUCUUUGUAUGAGUGAAAUAAAAGGUUAAAUUCCUGGCACGUACUGUGUAUUUUGUAAUUCCCCAAAUUCACUGUUUACACCAAAUGUUUGAAUAGAGAAACUAUUUACAAUUUGUAAAUGUCCAGAAUAUUGUACCAAGACAUUACAUCCUUGUGGUUUACUUGCAUUUAUCCUUAUUAUAGAAAGAUAAUAUCUUAUUUGUCAUGUCUAGAAUGUUAACUAAUUAAAUAUUUCUGUCUUUGCAGUACUACUACAGCAUGGUGCUGAUCCUACUAUACGUAACACAGACAGCAGAACCGCUUUGGAUUUAUCUGACCCAUCAGCAAAAGCUGUCUUAACAGGUAAUGAUGGUUUUGUUCACAGAUUGUAAAUGAAUACUGUACUUUAGGUAUUUCCAGAAAGUCAUACUGCUCUUAUGCCAUUUGUGCCAAUAAAAUGUCAUAAAUUGGAGAGAAAUGCCCAUCACAUCCAUUCCUAAUUCCACUUAUCUCAUAGUGGAAUUCUACACAAAUGGGAAAUGUUUAAACCAUAAAUUUUAUUUGGUUUGGGAAAAAAAUAGCUUUUUGGUAGAAGCAUCAUAUAUGGCGCUCUGUCUCUGUAAUAAUGUAGUUUUACCUUAAGUCCAUAGGUGCUGAUUAGCUUAUUCCCAAUUGCUGAAGUAUCUGCUUUCCUUCUGUUAGCGCAAUUAUGUCUGACUAUUCAUUUUAUUUAUAAUUUUGUGGUACAGGAUCAGACAUAGUUUUUGGAAUUUACAUUGCUGGGUACAGAGUACCUGUAUAAAUAUGUUAAUAUGGACCCAGAUAGCAUUAUCUUUUUACCAGAUGCACAAUGGUGAGUUAUAUAAAUAAAUAAAAAAAAGUAAGUGACUUACUUUUGCUGUAAAUCUUUAGCCCACACUAGGAAUUAGCUCUGCCAGUCAGGAGCCUUUUGUUUUUGUCCUGAUAUCUGAACUGUUGGACAUGUUGCUGGAUGUGUUGCAGAAUGUCAGACUGUUAACCCCGACACUGCAGGGGUUCACGUGUAAAAUGGACCCUAGCUGUUUCUAACACUCUUUGCAGAUAUUUGAAACAUGACUGUAUGUAGCCUACACAUGGCGUUAAGGUUUGAAGAUUAAAGGAACAUUAUAGUCACCUAUAUUACUUUAGCUAAAUAAAUCAGUUUAAGUGUAUAGAUCAUUCCCCUGCAAUUUCACUGCUCAAUUCACUGUCAUUUAGGAGUUAAAUCACUUGGUUUCUGUUCAUGCAGCCCUAGCCACACCUCCCCCAGCUGUGAUUGACAGAGCCUGCAUGAAAAAAAAAAAAACUGGUUUCACUUUCAAACAGAUGUAAUUUACCUUAAAUAAUUGUAUCUCCAUCUCUAAAUUGAGCUUUAAUCACAUACAGGAGGCUCUUGCAGGGUCUAGCAAGCUAGUAACAUAGCAGGGGAUAAGAGAAUCUUAAUUAAACAGAACUUGCAAUAAAGAAAGCCUAAAUAGGGCUCUCUUUACAGGAAGUGUUUAUGGAAGGCUGUGCAAGUCACAUGCAGGGAGGUGUGACUAGGGUUCAUAAACAAAGGGAUUUAACUCCUAAAUGGCAGAGGAUUGAGCAGUGAGGCUGCAGGGGAAUGUUCUAUACACCAAAACUGCUUCAUUAAGCUAAAGUUGUUCAGGUGACUAUAGUGUCCCUUUAAUAGAAUUUGUCACUCAGACACAGUGCUUUGGGGCAGUGAAGCUGUCAUGUGGAUUACAAAACCCAGUGCCUCGGUCUCCGUGCCAAACAGAAGUUAACUCUUUUAAUAGUGGAGGAGACUAUAAAAAUAAAUAGGACAGACACAUAUUAUAUUUAUUAUCAUGUUCUAAUAGUGUGUUCUUGUGAUCAUGUACUUCACUAGACUAACCAGGCUAAACAAAAAGUUUAAAAAUGACAAAAGUUGGACAUAGGAAUUUGGAUUAAGAUGCACAAUACUGAGCAUUUGUUUCUCAAACUGUACAAAAGCAUGCAAUGCAAAAUACUGAUACUUAUGCCAAAAGCUAUAAAACUCAUAAAAAAAAGCAUUUUAGUUUAGAGUGUCCCUUUCAAAUAGUUACUUUUUGGUUACGUUAUGUAUAGAAUAAACCUGUUUUUUAUGAAAAGCAAGAAACUUAUAUUUUAUAGUUGCUUACUGUCUUUUUUUAAAUAAAUACUUUAAGCUCUGAAAUACAUUUUAUGGCAAAUGCUUUCAAAGAUAUGUAUGAAAAUUACAUGUCUAUAAUAACAUGCAUUUAAUAGAAAACUUAACACGGUUCAUUGUAGUGAUAUAGAUACAGUCAGUGUAAUGCAAGUUAAGGACAUGUCCCAGUUAGGCCCUCUUGCUUCCCACAAAUAUAGCUAAGGUAUAUGUGUUAAGAAGUGAAAUUAUUACAGAUUUGGAGGUUUAAGAUAGGCUCAUAAUGAAAUUUGCAGUGAAAAUGCAAUGUAUUUGAAAAUUUAAAAAAUACUUGUCAUACGGUCUGUGUAUAUGGUACACUAUUUUUUACCUGUGUCCAAUCACCCGUUCUCAUCCAAACUGUCUGUAGAACUGAGGGAAAGUGCAUUGUGAGCGUCUGUUUAAAUGCGCUUGCGGUGAACUUUCGGUUAAAUGCAGGCCAUUUUAAUCUCCUACACAGGUACUUCCUUUGUGGGUGGGCAUGGUAUCUGACGUACAGUUGACAGUGACAGAGAUGCCUAAUGCUUGCUCUGCCCACUUUCCUCCUUUACACAGUUUUAAGAGAAAUCCUGAAAACUGACAGAAAUUUGUGGUUACAUGGCUUAAUAAAAAGACUCAAAAUACCACCUGUUAAAUAGACUGCAGAGUGUGCUUAUGCAAUGGUGGACACCAGUGAAGUAAUUUCAGAUAUGUUUCCUCACUUGAAGUGUCAUGGGCCCAGCAAAUCAGUCAAUUAAAAUCAGGACAAGUCUGCAAUUUGGCCUUAGAACUACCCACAAACCUGGAUAAUGGUAUACAUGGGAGUACUCUCAGGGAAUGUAGCAAAAUACAGAUCUAGAGUCAUUGCAUUGUUGUGGCCUAUUGUAGUGUGAGAGAGACACUUGGCUAUUUAACAAUGCAAUAACGUGUAUUCUGUUUGUCUGAUUUUGUAGUUGUUUUAAAAAGGACACAAGAUUGCUAAAAUUGAUUUUAGCUGCACAGAAACUUAGAAAUCAGCCCCUUUAUGGCAGAUGUUUUUAUGUUUCUAUAAGAUAAUGAAACAUUAAAAAAAAGUUGAAUUUCUAGUGUACAUUUUUUAUGUUAAAAUGAACACUGUCCUAAAUUGUAUGUCUUGUUUCUUUUUUUUUUUUUUUUUGCAGGAGAGUACAAGAAAGAUGAGCUGCUGGAAAGUGCUAGGUAUGUUUUUUUACUUUUUAGUCUUUCUCAGAAAUAUCUUUCUUUUUUCUCUCUGUCUCUCUUUAUAAAGGUAAAAUAAACAUUUUAGAACAAUAAUUGCUUUGCUAAUUACCUAUUUAUGGUGGAUUAUUUUCACCUUUUGGCUUUUCUGAGAAAUUUCGCACUUCCUUUUGUAGGAGUGGCAAUGAGGAAAAAAUGAUGGCUCUUCUAACACCCCUAAACGUCAACUCUCAUGCCAGUGACGGGAGAAAGGUAAUGGAUAUCUUUCCAGUGUUGCCAGUUUUUUUAAACCAUUGUUGUGCAAUCUAGGGAUUAUUUGUUUUAAGUAUAUGCAAUUAGUCACGUUUUGUUUUUGUUUCCCCACUUCAUUCCGGUUUAGCAGGAUGGGACAGCAGUUUUCAGCUCCAGUCCUCAGGGAUCUCCAGCUAAGGUGAAUCCAAACGCUAAGAGUACAAAUAAUUUAUUAUUGCUUUAUCCAGGAUGUUUUGAAAAUAAGUGCUGUAGCAAGUUCAUGAGGACUAGAGUUGCAAAACUUUAUUAAAGGGAUGUUCUAAGCAUCAAACCCUCUUCGUCUUAUUGAAGUGAUUUUGGUGCCUAGACCUUGUCCCUUUUCUCUGGCAGUGUAAGACGUUGUUGUUGUUGUUUUGGAGAAACUGCAACAUUUACAUCUGCCUUAGAAUAUGCCUCUUGCGGCUGUCUGACAGCUGCUAGAGACACUUCCUCGUGAAGACCUUAGAAAAUCAAAGGUCUUUUGCAUGUUACGUCAUCAUGUACAGCAUAAUGUAGCCAAGCACAGUAAAUGCAUCUCACAGAGAAGCUUUGUAUUUAGUGCUUCUCUAUGAGAAGCAUCAAAUUGGCAGAGUGCUGCAAUUGCAGUACAUAUGUAUAUGAGAAAAGCAUUGAUUUGGACCUAGAUUACAACUGAUGAUAGGAGACAGUCCUUGUACUGGUUUAAAGGUAAGUUGUGAAUGGUUUUAUUGCAGUUUACUUAAUUUCAUAAUGAUAUACUCUUAAUCUAAAACAAAAAAAAGUAAAAUUCUAAGCUUAAAGCGCUUCUUCAAGCACAUUCUUCUCCCUAAUAUUUCCAAAUCAAUAUAUUAACUAAAAUGUUCCUUUUCUCUACAGUCUACCCCACUUCAUUUAGCAGCAGGCUACAACCGCGUCAAAAUUGUUCAGUUGUUACUUCAACAUGGAGCUGAUGUGCAUGCGAAAGAUAAAGGGUAAGUAUUUGUUUUAUUUUUUGCUUGUUUAUUUUUCCAAGUAUAAAUUAAUUGCAUUUAUAUUACACCUAAGGAAAGGCUUUAAACUAUAGUACAGGCAUACGCAACCUUCGGCACUGCAGAUGUUUUGGACUACACCUCCAAUGAUGCUUUGCCAACAUUAUGUGUGUAAGAGCAUUAUGCGGAAUGUAGUCCACAACAUCUGGAGUGCCAAAGGUUGCCUAUUCCUGCUACAGUAUAUCUUUAUAACUAGUUUCUUGCUUUAUAUUAUACUUAAUGUUUAAUAUAUUCAGAUUAUACCUGAGUCAGUGUAUAUAAUUUGAAGUCGUAUUCUACUAGACAGGCCUUAAAAGUUACUUACUAUAUCCUCCAGGGGGGAAUUUCUACUCACCAGGGCUAACUUUUCACUCCCGAAAUCCCCAUUGUAUCUAUUUUCAGAAAGUUUAGCUAAUCCUCACUGAAGCCAUUACUCUUCAGUCUCCGGAUCCAAUUUGCUCUGCUAAAUAUUAACAAAUGUAACUUUGUAGCUAAAUUUGGAUAUGGGUAACUUAGGCUACUGAACUAACCUGUUCAUGCAGGACUAGUCUGAUAAAAAUGUGAAGUGAAUUUUGGAUUUUGAACAUUUCUGCCAGCUUAAGUUAUUUGGUUUGGUUGUAAUUUCCUUUUUUGUUGUUGUUUUUUUUGGUAGAGAUCUGGUGCCUCUUCACAAUGCUUGUUCAUAUGGCCAUUAUGAAGUAACUGAACUUCUGGUAAAGGUUCGUAUUAAGAUUUUACAUAUAUAAUUACAAUGUGUGUAUAUAAUUUUAAGUGUUUUGCCGUGUAAUGCAUCAGUUUGUAUAGCUGGCUAAUUGAAAAUGAUUUUCUUAAAAGUAGAUAAAUAUGGUUUCUGAAUACGUAUGUUUACAUGUACAUGCUACUCAGAUUUAGAUGGUAAUGUGGAAUCUUGUGUUGCUAAAUCUAAAUACAUUUUCCAUCUUGUCUAUAGAUUUUACAAAUGUGCUGCAUUGGUUAACAAAAUAUAUUGGCUCCAUUUGAGUAGAAGUGUCGUUUUGUGUUUAGCAAUGCUUCAUUCAGGGGCUGAAUGCUAGCUUUUGCAAGGUGUUUAAGACCCUGUUCAUUUUAUGAUAAUUUUUUCUGAUCUGUAAUACAUUUACUUCUCAGCAUGGUGCCUGUGUGAACGCAAUGGACAUGUGGCAAUUUACUCCUUUGCACGAAGCUGCGUCUAAGAACAGGGUGGAAGUGUGCUCUCUGUUAUUAAGUUAUGGUGCAGAUCCCAACAUGCCUAACUGCCAUAACAAGAAUGCAAUUGAUUUGGCCCCAACUCCCCAGCUAAAGGAGCGUUUGUCGUGUGAGUAGGAAAACUUUAAUUGCUGAAUUAUUUGUAUAUGUUUUUCUUUUACAUUUCAGUCCAGUAAUGUAAACCUAUUACUACAAGUCUUUGCCUUUAUAAUUAAGGGUAUAAGAAACCAUUAACUUAUUCCUGUGUCUUUAAUACUAUAACAUACUCUAUUAUAGAACUUGUUUCUCUGCUAUACAAUUCAUAAAUGGGUAACUCCCACCACAAUGUGUAUAUCUACAGAGGCCCCUAAAAUAAACUACUGUAUAUACUCGAGUAUAAGCUGACCCGAAUAUAAGCCCAGGCCCCUAAUUUUACCACAAAAAACUGGGAAAACUUAUUGACUCGAGUAUAAGCCUAGGGUGGGAAAUGCAGCAGCUACUGGUAAAUUUCUAAAUAAAAUUAGAUCCCAAUAAAAUUACAUUAAUUGAAUAUUUAUUUACAGUGUGUGUAUAGAAUGAAUGCAGAGUGUGUGUUUGUGUGUGUAUAUAAUGAAUGCAGAGUGUGUGUUUGUGUGUUGUGUGUGUAUAUAAUGAAUGCAGAGUGUGUGUUUGUGUGUGUAUAUAUAAUGAAUGCAGUGUGUGUGUUGUGUGUGUGUAUAUAAUGAAUGCAGUGUGUAUAUAAUGCAGUGUGUGUGUUUGUGCAGUGUGUGUAAACUGGGUGAGGGGAGGGCAUUUUAAUUUUAAUUUUUUUAUUUUAAUAUUAUAUUAUUUUAAUAAUAUUAUUUUAUUAUUAUAUUAUUAUUAUUUUAAUAUUUGCAUUAUUUUUUUUUUAAAUGGUUUUUUUGUCCCCCCUCCCUGCUUGUUGCCUGGCCAGGGAGGGCGGACAAAAAACAUUUAAAAUAAAAUAAUGCAAAUAUUAAAAUAAUAAUAAUAUAAUAAUAAAAUAUUGUUAUUAAAAUAAUAUAAUAUUAAAAUAAUAAUAUUACUAUAUUAUUAUUAUUUUAAUAUUUGAAUUAUUUUUUUUUAAAUGUUUUUUUGUCCCCCCUCCCUGGCCAGGCAACAAGCAGGGAGGGGGGACAAUUUUUUUUAUUUUUUUUUUAAAUAAUGCAAAUAUUACAAUAAUAAUAAUAUAAUAAUAAAAUAAUGUUAUUAUUUUAAUAUUAUAUUAUUUUAAAAUAAUAAUAUCGAAUCCUUGGUGGUCCAGUGGCAUUGGCAGUUCAGUGGGGGGGCUGGCAGUGAGCUCUUACUUACCUUCCUGCAGCUCCUGUCAGCUCCCUCCUCCUCCGUGCAGCUCCUCUGUCAGCUCCGUUCUGUUUACAGUGUAAGUCCCGCGAGACCCACGGCUCUCGCGAGACUUACACUGUGAGCAGAACGGAGCUGCCAGGAGCUGCAGGAAAGUAAGUAAGCACUCACUGCCAGCCCCCAACAGGACCGCCGGGCUCAUUACAAGUCCUGGUCUGUAUUAUGGCAGUGUAAGUUGCCUUAAUACCGACUGACUCGAGUAUAAGCCGAGUGGGGGUUUUUCAGCACAAAAAAUGUGCUGAAAAACUCUGCUUAUACUCGAGUAUAUACGGUACAUAUUAUCAGGGGUGUGGAAAUUUAAAAAAAAAUCGACUUGUCUUAAACAUACAGAGUGCCAUGGUCUCGGAACUAUGCAUAAAUUCUGAUUACCAUACCACUAAAGCUUUAAAUGAUCUACCAUUUAGCUCCGACUGAUAACAAUUGUUCCCAGCACUACCCUAAGCUUUAGUGGUUAUGUUGUUUAGCUUUCAUUUGCAAAUGCUAUCUGAAACAUGAACCUUUAAUGACCUUUCAAGCCAUCCAUAUGUUUCUGUUCCAUUUACUAGAAAUGUUCUCUCCUCUUCUUUCCUUGUUGUCCAAGUUUUAGGUGGGUUGUAAAUCAAAAUCUUUAUAUUUUAGAUUCUUGACCCAUUUUAUUUAUACUUUCCUUAUACAGAUGAAUUCAAAGGUCAUUCAUUGCUGCAGGCUGCAAGAGAAGCAGAUUUAGCCCGCAUUAAAAAGCACCUCUCUUUGGAGAUGGUGAAUUUCAAGCAUCCUCAAACCAAUGAGACAGCUCUGGUAAGAACUUAAAAUAUUUCUUAAAAAUAUGUAGUUUCUCUGGAUGUUUACAGUGAUUGCAUAUGUUGCAAACAUUCUGACUUUGGUUGUACAUCUGGAUACUGUCCAUUUGACAACAAUUGGUUUGAAAAGUCUGUCAUACUGUAUUACUGGGCUUAGGCCAAGAACUUGUCAUUUUUAAAAAUGCAUUAGUAAGUUUUUCGUUGUUAAUAUUCCAUCUCAUUAAAGUGGCAUAUGUAAAAGAAUCUUAAUAGUGAAAAAACAAAAAACUUAAUUAUAUUAUUUCCAUUAUAUGCUUCAGUUCUCUGGGGUCUGCAGAGAUCAGGAAGUGAUUGCAGUUUCCUAAUCUAUUUUCAGUGAGAAUGUUGUGUAUAUUACACAGUCAGACAUACAAGGAGGUGAAGUCCAUACAGUUUAUUAGAACCAUUUAUAAGCAAGGCAUUUUUCCAUUACUCGGGGGAGAGAAGAGUAGUAACGGUGUGGGGUGAAGGGGGGCACUCAUUUCUACUACAAGGACUGUUACAGUCAAGUAUACAGUAAAACGCUAUCAGGUUUAUGAAAAUUGUAAGGAAUGCAAAGUGAAUUCUAUGUGCAUUUCAAAUUUUAGACCAGAUUAGGAAAGCAUAUCGGACUAGAAGAUAUUUUUACAACUUUUCUUGUUGUGCAACCUAAUGCCAUCGAUAAAUCCACUAUAUAUAGGUGUGGACCUUGCAGUAAGUAUCUAGGUGUGGGAAAGUCGAUGGGAAAUCCCCUUGAUAUGCUUUAUCUCACUAGAAGAGAAAUGCUUGGGAGUUUUGCAAUUCCUUUCCCUCAAUAUCUGUUUAUGUUGCUACUACAUUAAUAGUUUCCAUGGAAAAGAUAGGUUUCUUUUUUUCUUUCAUUCUUUUCAUGAGAUGAUUACGCACAAUCUCCUUAGCCUUGAAAAGAAAUGUAUUCAUUGAACAUAUAAAGGCCAGACAUUUUUUUUUUUAUUCCUUUUGAAACUAUUUAUGGGUCAUUUGUCUGACCUUUUUCCCCAGUAUCUCAGGAUUCUAAGGGAAACUAUGCUUAUCGUGAGCCUUCUCACAAAAAUCAGGCAGUGAUGGAAUUUCUUUGGCUUCUAUAGCUUUUCUGUUGGUAUGUUUUUCUUGUUCCAAACAGCUCCUUGUAUGUGGUUUGUUUAUAAAAGUAAGGGUUGAGUCAUUUCCCCACCAAAGUUUAAUUUUAUUUUGUGGUUUUUGAAUCUCUGUUUAGCAUUGUGCUGCUGCAUCACCAUAUCCAAAGAGGAAACAAGUUUGUGAAUUACUUAUGAGAAAAGGAGCAAAUGUCAACGAAAAGACCAAAGAGUAAGUCUUAAAAAAAUGCAUUUCCUCUGUUCUUUUAAAAUGUAUUUGAGUUGUUAAUUCUUUUUCUCUUCAUCCUUGCCCAAAGCAGCUUUUUGACACCACUUCACGUUGCUUCGGAUAAAGCUCAUAAUGACGUUGUAGAAGUGCUGGUGAAACAUGAAGCCAAGGUAGUGUUUGCAGUGACCAUUAAACCGAAGUCAAAGUAAAAAAAAAAUACACUUAGGAUAACAUUCCAUAUACGUUAAAAUGAUGCAUGCUAUUGUACCGAUAGAAUUAACAAGCCACCAUUCUUGAUUGUGAAACAAGCUGUCUAUUUUCGUUGGUGACACACAAGAAGAAUUCCAUGUUUCUACAUGUAACGGACCGUUUUGCACAAAAGGGGUAAAAACCGUUUAGGCGAUCGGCCCCCUUUCCAGAGAUACAGGCACAGCUACUGCAGAACACCAAACUCCCGAACUGGAUACAAAAUAGCACUCCAACUCCCGAACUGGAACCUCCCAAAUAGCUGCUAGCAGACGAACAGGAAAAGCAGACAAUCAGCUUACACUCCUGGCAAUCAGUCUCUAACAGCAUACAGUGAAUCCCCCCAAGAACGAGACAAGGCUCCGUGUUGAGGGUCAAGCAGUGGUCUGAGUUGCUGGCACACCCAGCCUGGUUUUUAUUACAGUCUUUUCAAAUACAGGACCGCCCAUAGGGAGGUAUAAAACAACCAAUCACAUAUCAGUUACAUCCCACAUAUUCCCUCCCCUUAUCUUGAGAGGAAACUCAAUUACACAUACAGUUAAAACAUACUUUCUACCCAACUUUCAUAACUCUAAAACCACACAUUACAUUCACAUAAAAUUACAUAUUCACAAUCAAUCCAUUCAGGGGAACAACAUAUUAAAAAAUGGCAUGAAUCAGACCAGGGGUUCAAAAGUUAUUAAAGUAUCUUUUGGGCCCUGGCUGGCACAUGGCUAUCUGGCUCAAACAGGUUUUACAGAGCCCUCUAUUCUGGAGACAAUGGGGAAAGUAAUCCAAUUAUCCAGGGAUAGAUGCAGACUCCAUUGAGAACAUGGUUACAAAAAGACAUAAAACACUUUAAAAUACAUAAAGUCACCUUUUACACAUAACACACAGACAUUUCACAUAUCCCCAGAUAGCUGGGAUCUGAGCGCACAAAACUACCGAAUAGCGCGCAGAUCCUAUUCACUCAGUUCAAUUGCCAUGGAGCCGAAGUCUUUAACUACACAAAUGGGCUCCAUGGCAUAGCUAUCUGGGUUAACACAUUUACAUAAAGUCUGGUCCAUAGUCCAAAGGCAGCAGGCGGGCAGCCAGGCUUCUCCAAUGCAAUGUGGCCAGAUUGGUCUCGUCACACUACAUAUAACUGGAUCCCCUAAGGUUUUUACAUCUAAAAACAAAGAGAGAAUAUAAGCAAUGACCAGCUUAAUUUGUACACAGCUGAAUUGACUGUAAAGGAAUGGUCUGUUUAUCUGCAGAUACGUCUAUAUUGCUCUAAAGACACAAGCACUUAAAAAUGUGUAGAGUCACUUUAGUUAUAAGUCAUUACGUUUCUGAUAAAGCUGUUCAAGUCAGAUUACCAGCUUUUAGAUAAUAUUAAUAAAUUUAUUUCAGAAGUCGAUGCUUCUCCUUGAAUGUAUUAUUCAGUAGUGUGGUUCCAUCCUAAGUAUCAACUUUGAUAAGGUUAAAUACACAGAAUUUAGUUGUUGUUUUUUGUUAGUUUUCUUGUUUUUUUUUUUUUGUUUUUUUUUACUUGUGCCACUAAAAAUCAUAAAUUGCAUGCUACUUCUCUUACCAUCUUACCAAUAGUCAACCCCUAGCAGUUCUGGUUAGCAUGACCUAGCACUAAAUAUCUCAUAUCACAUCUGUUUCCUGAUUAUUUUAAAUCAAGGAAAAAUUUAUUAAAUAGAAAUAUAGAAUGUGAUGGCAGAUAAGAACCAUUUGGCUAUCUAGUCUGCCCAAUUUUCUAAAUACUUUUAUUAGUCCCUGGCCUCAUCUUAUAGCUGGGACAGCCUUCUGCCUAUCCCACGCAUGCUUAAACUCCUUUACUGUGUUAACCUCCCCCUGUCUUGACUUUCCUCCAAGCUAUACAUGUUAAGAUCCUUUAACCUUUCCUUGUAAAUUUUAUCCUGCAAUCCAUGAACCAGUUUAGUAGCCCUUCUCUGAACUCUCUCUAAAGUAUCAAUAUCCUUCUGAAGAUACAGUCUCCAGUACUGCGUACAAUACUCCAAGUGAGGUCUCACCAGUGUUCUGUACAAUGGCAUGAUCACUUCCCUCUUUCUACUGCUAAUACCUCUCCCUAGACAACCAAGCAUUCUGCUAGCAUUUCCGGCUGGUCUAUUACAUUGUCUGCCUACCUUUAAAUCAUGAGAAGUAGUGCAAAAUAGUGUUCUUAAAAACAAUGGUGAACAUAAACUAACCAUUGUAUUUUUAAAAAUGCUAUCCUGCCUUACUCAGUCUUGCGUAGAACACACAUAAGACAUUCUUGCUGUUUUUUCUGUCUUGCAUGAGUUUUCAGCCAUAGUAUAAUGGCGAUAGCAAGCCCAAAAGUGAUGCCAGGGUAUGAAAUGAGGAACAUUAUUUCACAAAUAUUCUGUGAACUUUUCUGUCAGAUGUUCAGAUUGGCUAAAUAUAAUGGCAAAUAUAGUUUUUGAACAUUUGCAGGACACAAAGACUAUUAAUGUUCCACUGGGACAAUUUCUCCUACUUUGAUACAUUUUAAUUCAUACAUUCUGAGAUACAAAAUUUACAUUUUGAAUACAUUUUAUGCAAUUUAACAGACAGUUACACUGUUUUCUACAGAGCUAUUCUUUAGAAAUUAAUUAUGUUUACCAUUACAAAUUUAAAGAUGUAAUGUUGGCUUGAAUGUAGAGCAUGCAUUCACAAACGUCAUAUAUUUCAAGUGAGGUUUCGUAUUGUAAGAAAUAUAUAUGCAAAAGCAAUAAAGCUAGUCUAUAAGGCAGCAUCUGCCCUAUGAAGGCUUAUCUCUGCUAAAUAAUAACGGAGAAAUAUAAAAUGAUCAAAAACCGACACCUAAGCAGGAUGACUGCUUGGUGUGCUAAGUCAGAAAAGGGAUCUGUAGAAUAAAACCAUGAUUAAUAGUGCAAAAAAUAAACUCUGCAAUUCUCUGUUUUUAUAAUACAUACUGGGGUAGUGUAAGGAGACGUAGGCAGUCUAUAAUUUCGAUUAAAUACUGAAAAACAUGUUGUUGUGCUCUUCAAACUUUAAUCUUAAACUGUGACAUUACUGUCUGACACAUGUAAAUGGCUUUCUGUUUGAUACAGUGCAUCUGCUUUUCUAGUUAGCAGUGUUAAUAGUCUGUUUCCUUUUGAAUUCCAUUCCCUAGAUGCACAUGUGUGACAAGACCUAACAUUUUCAAAAGUAUUUUCCUAUCCCUUCCUUCAAGAAAUCAAGUCAUUCAGUAAAUAACAUUUUUAUUUUGUCUUGAUUUUACUAGGUUAAUGCUUUGGAUAACUUAGGCCAGACAUGUCUCCAUCGGGCAGCACAUUGCGGCCAUUUACAGACAUGCCGGCUCCUGCUGAAUUCUGGCUGCGACCCAGCAAUAGUGUCACUUCAGGGUUUUACUGCUCUUCAGAUGGGGAAUGAGAGUGUGCAACAACUACUUCAGGGUACAGCAUUUUAUUUCUCACACUUAACCCAUUAUAAAACCAGUGAUAUUGCUAUGUAGCCAAAGUAUAAAAUGUGUCGGUCCAUUUCAUUGAUGCCAUUUUUUUCUUCUUGACAGAGGGCACACCAUUCAGUAACACAGAUGCUGAUCGCCAGCUGUUGGAAGCUGCAAAAGCUGGAGACCUAGAUACAGUCGUGGUAGGUAGUUUUCAAGCACAGUAAUAAGACUGCAUGUGGAUCAGUUUAUUUUACAUCAAUUAUUGCUUCUAGCGUAAACCCUCUUAGAGUUGAUAAUGCAUUUGCACAACCCAUUGUUUCAUAUCUGGAUAAUACAAUCUAUGCCUGUAUACGUAUAUUAUCACAGAACAAUGAAAAUACUCACACAAAUCUCCAUGACAACUUUUUAUCUAUGAAAAUAUAACGUUGGAGAAAUUAAGGUUGUGAGAUUAAAGAUUAUUAAACUGGGCAGUCAAGAUUCUAAAGUGGCAUGUUUAAUCAUCACUGCUUUUAUAUGCCACCUAUAAUGAUCACAGUUAGUAUUUCCAAAAAAAAUGGGCUUACACAGCAAAUCAUAGGCUGGACUGUAUUCCUCUUGUGGAUUAGUGUUUACUAAAAUAAAGUGUGUGUUUUAAAAAAAAAAAAAAUUCUGGUAUCUUUAACAGAAAUUGUGCACUCCACAAACUGUUAACUGUCGAGAUAUAGAGGGUCGCCAUUCUACACCUCUGCACUUUGCUGCUGGCUACAAUAGGGUGGCUGUAGUGGAAUAUCUGCUACAGCAAGGAGCUGAUGUUCAUGCAAAGGAUAAAGGGUAAGCAUUUUCUUCCAUUUUACACUCCAGGCAGGAGCCCAAUUUUUUUGGGAAAGUUAUUUGUUUUGUAGCUUUCUGCCUUAAUAUUCAGUUCUUAAACCCGCCUCUUUUUCACUAUCUACUUAUUUCUAAAACUCUUCAUUUAUUAGUGGCUGCCCUUAUGUGACAUCACAGCACAGACUUAGAACAUAAUCAUGUUUUAAAAUAAAACAAACGCCAUUUAAAGGCUUAUUGCUGUAAAUUAUUUUCACAGAGAAGAAUUUGGGGGCACUUGAUCUCCUUGCGCCCCUCCCCCAACCCCCCAAUACUGCAGAAGUAUUUUAUCUGACAAAAGUCAUCAUUACUAUUGACAUCACCAGUGGCAGUGUUUGGCUGCACUAAUUUUCAAGCAGAAAUGGAGAUGAAGUUUGGCUUUGUUCAUUGUACACACAAUACUACAAACUCUGCCACUUAUGUUCAGUAAUAGACUUUAAAGAGUGGAAACGCACGUUUUGCUUUUAUUUCAGUGGCUUGGUUCCUUUGCACAACGCUUGCUCGUAUGGUCACUAUGAAGUCACAGAAUUGCUGGUAAAACAUGGAGCCGUUAUCAACGUAGCAGAUUUAUGGAAAUUCACACCUUUACACGAGGCAGCAGCAAAAGGGAAAUAUGAGAUAUGCAAGCUUCUCUUGCAGGUAAGGUUGUCAUGCCAUUUUAGACUAUAGACAUUGCGAUUAUCUCAAUACAAAUAGAAUCAAUAAAUUAAACAUUCAUAAUUCGUAAUACUACCAAGCCAGUGUUAAUUUUGGCAACAAAUUUCAAUUUCGUUUUAGUCAGUCAUUUGACUAAAAAGCCGUUUUAGUCUAGUUUUAUACAAAAAAAAAAGUAGUAGUAGUAGUAGUAGUUGACUAAAAUCUGAUUUAAAUUAUUAGUCGACAAAAUGAACACUAUACCAAGCCACAUGAAAUUGUAACAUUUAUGCUAAAACUAUGUUUACAUGUUUUUACACAAUUGUAUGACAGUUGCAUAUUUUACUCAAGAAUUUUAAUUGACAGACAAUUAAGUUAAUAGUAAAUAGUGUGGCAUGAACUCAAAGUAAAUACCUAACUUUGGUGCUGAUGCCAGGUGAGGUCCCUCUUCACCUGGAUCCAAAGUAAUAAACAAAAAAUGUCCUCUGCAAUCCGCAAUAAAUGCAGGUAUGCAAUGUUAAAUUGAUGUGAUUGGUUGGUUGUUUUUGAUUUUUACCUGAGAUUCUCCCUUAUAUAUUGCUGUGUUUAUGUCUUGAGAAAGACACAUAUGUGCCAAAAUGUUGCCCUUUCACUUUGACAAACAACCUGAUUUGUUUAAUACUGAGGACCUUUAUUUUUUUCUUUGUUUAAGAUUGUGUCUUAGGAUACACUUUUUGUAGAGAGUAAUAAAUUAACUGUAGGUUUAUAUAGAAAUAUGGAAGGUCUGUAAUUUUUUUGUUAAGAAGUUGCAGAUUCUUAGUAUUUGAUUAAUAGCUAGAUAACAGAUCAACAAAAUACUCAUUUAAUUAUAAACAUAUAAGCAUCUGACUAAUUCAUGGACCAUUUGUUGAUGGUCACCACAGUUUCCCAGUAAUUUCUGAGUUGUACACUGUCAUCAAUAGCAUGGAGCAGAUUCAACAAAGAAAAACCGUGACGGAAAUACCCCUUUGGACUUGGUAAAGGAUGGAGACACUGAUAUCCAAGACCUUCUCCGUGGAGAUGCUUCUUUGCUUGAUGCUGCUAAAAAGGGCUGUCUAGCUCGCGUAAAGAAACUGUGUACCACAGAAAAUGUAAAUUGUAGAGAUACACAAGGCAGACAUUCUGCACCAUUGCAUUUAGCAGGUUAGUUUUUAUUACACGAUUUCUGACCAAAAUGUUGAUGGCCUGGCCAAGUAUUAAUUGAUACCCUCUGAUGUGGGACUAUACUAAAACUGAAUUUUUCAAUUUGUAAUCUAUGUCUACAAAACCUGCACUGUCCAGAUGACUUUUGGAAUAGCAUAGUUGUUUUAAGACUGGCCCAGACUUUACAUUUUUAUUGCUAUUUACUUAAGUUUUGUAAGGAGACUCUCUCUAGUGAUCAGAUGAAAGCACAUCAUGUCAUAACCAGACAAUGCAUUAUAUGGUCUCAUUGUAUGACAGACUAUAAUGUAAAAACUUUUCAGAUUAAAGAAAUUGAGAAGGAAAUAAAUAGAAAUUGUUUUGUUUAAUAGUACAACCCAUAGCCUUAAGCAGAAUGUGAAAUCUCUCUGUAAAGUAUCACUUAAGGCAUCCUGCUUUUAAACUAAAGUGCCUCUCUCACAAAACCAAAUGUGUUCAUAGAAUAUUAAAAAAACAAGGGGUCCAUUUGUAUUCUUAAACUGGAACCAGAGGCAUUUCAGUCAAAUUUUUACAUGUUCAUAUAUGUUCUUAAAGUUACAAUUCUUAAAUGUCUGUCUUGAGCUUACCAUUUAAAAGAAAGGUGUUUAUGUAAUUUCUUUAUAGCUGGCUACAAUAAUUUGGAAGUUUCAGAAUAUCUCUUACAAAAUGGGGCAGAUGUAAAUGCGCAAGAUAAAGGGGGCCUCAUUCCGUUACACAAUGCAGCAUCGUAUGGAGUAAGUGCCUUGUUUUAUUUUUCGUAUUUCUUGUUAGAACCGUAUUCCUACCUUUGCUACAAUUAACAGAGGUACUACUUGUUAGAAAAUAGUUUGGUAGAUUGUUUGCUUAGCAGAGAGUAAUUGCUGUAAUCAAUAUUAAGAGAGUGGUUUAUGUUAGAUAUUGUCAGGAUUCCUAUGGUAUUAUUGUCCUGCCUGCUUGGUUCUCUGUCCUGCAGUCUCAGACACACAACGCUGCCACCUCAGCUAAUUUUAUGGUGUGAGUUGUUCGAAGACGAUUAUGUAAUCGACAGUGUGCAGGUUUUGUCGUCAAUCACAUGGAAUUGACCAAUUACAGAAUACUCCAGCCUAUAUAAACCAUAACUCUUGAUUUUAUCCUUGGCUUGUCAUGGUUUGCAUUCUUGUUAUCCAAGAAAGUGCGUUUUUGUUUUUAUUAUUCUCUGAUUGCUGAGUUGUUUUUUUUUCUUGUUUUGUCUCGGCUAUUAUGUUUUCUGUAUCCCCAACUUUGGCUUAGGACUUUUCUUAAUCCUAUUUCUUGUAUUCUGCAUGUAAAGCCCAGCCACUCUUUGGUCUGGUUAAUAUGUACUUUUUGUCUACUGUUCUUCUUGUCUUAUGUGGCUUAAUUCCUCUGUGUUGGGUUAUACCAAUCCUGACACAUGUAUCCACUAUAUUUCUUUAAGCUCAAGUGUAAUAUACAGUACUGUUAAUAUGUUUGGGUGAGGAAUAUGCAUACAUGGCUCAGUUUCCACCCACCACUAGCCAUUGGGGAUUUGGUUUUGUUAAAGGACCACUAUAAUGCCAGGAAAACAAACUCAUUUUCCUGGCACUACAGGGUCUUUAGAUCCCCCCCACCCUCAGGGUCCCACUCCCGCUGGGCUGAAGGGGGAGGAAGGGGUUAAUCACUAACCUUUCUCCAGCACCGAGCUUCCUCGGCGCUGGGGAAAUCUCCUCCCUCUUCCGACAUCAGGGCUGAAUGCGCAUGCACGGCAAGAGCCGCAUGCGCUUUUAAUAAGUCCAUAUUUCACAAUGCUUUCCUAUUGAUGUCAGCGUCUUCUCACUGUGAUUUUCACAUUGAGAAGCACCUCUAGCGGCUGUCAAUGAGACAGCCACUAAAGGCUGGAUUAACCCUAAUGUAAACGUAGCAGUUUCUCUGAAUAGGUGGCACCCAGACCACUUCAUUGAGCUGAAGUGGUCUGGGUGCCUAUAGUGGUCCUUUAAGUAAUCACACAAAACUUACCUCAACCUGCCAUUUUUGGAGAAAAUUCUUGGCUCUUUUGUGCUACACGCUUUUGAGGUUUAUUAAAAUAACCAGCAAGUUUAUAAUUUAUUUUUGCAGCAUGUGGAUGUGGCAGCUUUGCUCAUUAAAUUCAAUGCAUGUGUGAAUGCCAUUGAUAAAUGGGCUUUUACACCCCUGCAUGAAGCAGCUCAGAAAGGAAGAACACAGCUUUGCGCUUUGUUAUUGGCCCAUGGAGCAGAUCCUACACUGAAAAAUCAAGAGGGGCAGACUGCAUUAGAUUUGGUUACAGUAAGUAAAUACAGUGGCUUUAAUAAAAAAGAAACAAAGAAAAACAUUCAUCUAAACAUGAGAACAUUAUGGUUGCAUCUAGACAGCAUCCAUUUGGAAACCAUCAAAUGCCAAAUCAGGGCAGACACAAUAACAAGACAUUUGCUAAAGAUUGAUUCUGGAAUUAAAAAUGUAUCUCCAAACUAAAUGUUUAAUUUAGUGUAUGACCAGUUAUAGAUUAAAGGUUGCAGCGUUCCAGUUGUUCUGUCCUAUUACCCUCAGCCAGACUCGUAUUGCAGAGUUACUGAAUUGCUUCUCAACCGUGUAAUGCUGUAAUACAAGUGCUCUAACCCAUUCUGACGUUCGAAUGGAGAUAUGCCCUGUCAAUGAGACACUGCUUUUUUGUUCUGUGCCUGCGAUUGUGUCCAAUCUUGUAGGGAUCCCUUUGAGUCAUGAAGCUUUCCUCCCUGGGUGUGUGUUGUGUUUUGUUUUUUGUUUAUUUUUUAUUAUGCUAUUUAAGCACUUUGAUUUUGUUCCUACAGAUUGUCGAUUUUGUUUUAGUGCAAGACAAAAUAAAAAAGUUUUUUUUUUUUUUAAAUUGAGCACUAGGUUAAUACAGUUAUUUUGUGCGAGUAAAUGUAUCUAAAUUACACAAAAUAUACUUUUGUGCAUAAAACCAAGAUGUUUUGUUUUGUUUUUUGUAAAAUGUGUGAAUCCUUUUCUUUUGUCUUUUUAUCAGGCUGAUGAUGUUCGUGCCCUAUUAAUUGCUGCCAUGCCCCCUACUGCCCUACCAGCAUUGUAUAAACAACAAGUUAUCAGUUUGUCACAGCCCACUGCCACAGCCACAACAGUCCUAUCGUCUGUGCCCUCCAGUCCUCCUAGUUUAUCUGCUGCUAGUAGUAUGGAUAACUUGGUAGGUAGCUUUUCAGAAACCUCAUCUGUUAGCAGUGGAGGAGCUGAAGGAGCUGUUGGUUUCGAGAAAAGGGAAGAAGGUAAUUACUGUAUUUAACUGGUGCAUUUUAAUUUUGUAUUAUAACUGGUGUCAUACAGGCACCCAAAUCAUAUUUUAUAUAACUUAGAGGAUGUAUAUUAAGAGCUGCUAAACUUUAAAAGAAUAAUCAAAGCUGGAAGUGCACUCAGCUCCUCACUAGGGAAUCCAGGGUGCUCUUGAAAAAGUCCCAGUACCCAGAAGGACCAACAUGGAUAAAUUUGUAGAAAAUGAUCAAGGCACUCCAAUAGUUUCCAAUUCUUAAGGCAAUUUAUUUGGACCAGGAACUACAAAGCAACGUUUCAGCCCCAACAGGGCUUUUUUCAAACUUUAAAAGUGCAAAUAAAUUGCCUUAAGAAUUGGAAACUAUUGGAGUGCCUUGAUCAUUUUCUACAAACUUUAAAAGAAUGACCACUUGUUUUAUCAAAGGAAGCAUGUCUAUAAACCAUUUACACCAAAAUGGUGGUAAUGCAUCUAAUCAUCUGCAUUUCAGGCUAACAUAAAAUUAUUACACUUGUGAACUUUGUUGAAGAAUUAUAUUUCUGAAAAGAACAAUUCAGAGGUAUGGGGUUUUUGGAGGGAGUCCUGCUUGUGAGAAUCACAUGUGAGGGUGUAAAUGCACCCUAACAAACAUUAUAAGCAUUCUAUUUGUUUAUUAUAUUGCUCUCUAAGAAUGCAUUUGAGUGACAGUAUUUUUGAAUUUCGCACAUUACAUAAUGUCUUACUAACUGUGUGUGUGUGCGUGUGUGUUAUGUUAAACAAAAAUCUGCACACCAGUCAAGCCAUAAGAUAAGACUUGCUUUUCCCACAGAAAUCACAAAUUUGCAGUCAUGUUAUCUGUGUGUGUGUAAAUAUCUCUCAGAUUUAAUCUCGUGAAAACUUGAAUAAUUGCUUAAAAUUAUCUCUGUGGAAGUUAAUGUAGCUUCACCUUCCCAAGCUGACUCAGAUUACCAAAAUGAAAUUACAGAAUAUUUUUUUAUAUGUAUGUAUUUGCUUAGUUUCAGGUGUUGACUUAAGCAUAAGUCAGUUUUUGCGGAAUCUUGGUCUCGAGCAUCUUAUUGACAUCUUUGACAGAGAGCAGGUAAAUAGAUCUCCAGUUAGUGACAAUAAUGCAUACUGCUAAAACUGUGUGUUCAGAUAAUUUACCAACAGCAUUAUAAUGUUUACUUGUGUAUCUUGUUUUAUCCUAUUGUAGAUCACGCUAGAUGUCUUAAUUGAAAUGGGCCAUAAAGAAUUUAAGGAAAUUGGAAUUAAUGCAUAUGGGCACAGACAUAAAAUAAUUAAAGGUGUAGAGAGGCUAAUAUCUGGACAACAAGGUAAGAAAUAUUAUUCAGUGCUAUUUAACAGUCUUAUCACUCAAAUACUGUAAGACUUUCACUAUCAAGGCACUUUUAAAGUUCUGUGCAAACUACUCUUUGGAGAAUGAGCACGAUUUAUGUCACGAAAAGCCCUGUCCCUACUCUAAUGCUUUUGUAUCGAAUGAAUUAGGAUAAUAUGCUGGCAAUCUAAUAUGUCAGUAGUCUGGUUUCUGUGGUGAACCUCUAAAAGAUGCCAGUGCUUCUCUUCCCUCCUGAUGUACCACUUAAAGUCAGGCUCAAAAAAAAUUCCACUAGCCAUUUGCAGGUAGAGAUUUAGCCCUAGCAAUUAGUAAGUGUGUGAAUUAGAACCUUCAGGCUGGCAGUGGUGAGUAACUUGUCAAAGCAUUGCUAGUGGCACAGGAUUUGGCAUUGUAAGCCUGGUAAAAGUGUAAUACAAGGAUUCCAUUUUUACCUGCUAAUUGAAAAAGCAGAUUUAUAGAUUAGUAGAUAGUUCUGUUCCAGCUCCCACUGCAAGUUGGACAUAUAGAAGUGCCAUGUACCUCACCCAAAAUCCUUUGCGUAGUCUCCUUGAACUCCUCUGCCAUUUGGGGCAAAAAAAAACAAAAGAUGGCUGGUGAGAUAAAACUUACAUGGCCAGUCUGUGGUUGCACUGGGACCAGUUUCAAGAAUUGGAUGUGUUCCUUUCCACAACUUCUUAACAGUAUCAUGUCUGAACACCUUGUUCAAUCUCAUGCCUAUAUAGAUGUAGAUAUAUAUGUAGAUAGAUAUAGACAGACAGAUAUAUAUAUAUAUAUAUAUAUAUGAAUGAUCAUUGAUAGCACAGCAGGAGUGCUCACACCUGUCAUUCAUAUUCACACACUAACACUCCACACAAAUAUGCUCCUUCGUACACAUUGCUAUUCAGCCAUCAAACUAGCCACAUACUCCGAACUGAUUACAUUCCCAUUCCACCCUAUCAGAUAGUCCCAUCUUACCUCCAAGUCAUCCCCAUUCAUUUUGCAUAUUACCGUUAGUUAAUUUAGAAAUAACAUUGCAAAUCUUUAGAGAGCACACACAAUCUGUAAUCUGUACAUAAUGUGUAUAUAUGUCUAUAUUCCUCUCUGCAUUAGCAGAGAGAGAUAUAAAAUAUGUGGCAUUCACAAUGGUUCUUCCAUACUGCGUACCUAGAUCCAUGACAGAAAAUGUGUUCGUCUUCUGUUCAUCUGUUGUGGUCGUGACUUAAAUAUGAAUAUUAAUCUCUUAAUACAUAAUAAUUAAGCAAUACAAACAACAUUAAUAUUUUUAUAGUUCAUGGUAUUAUGGUCGAAUAUGUGGAUAGAAAAUACACAAAACGUAAUAUUAAAUGUAUAUUUUAUAUAACUAUAAUAAACAGAUGCUAGCAGAAUGUCAAUUUACUACAAUAAUUAUACAAUACAAAACUACAACAUAUUACUUACAAAAGGUUGCUAAAUGUUACACAAAAGGCUAUUACAAUUGCUAAAUGUUACAAUGGAUUCAUUUUACUUACAAGGCCCCAGCCCUUUGGCUGGGGUUAAGUCAGAGCUGGUACAACAUCUUAGGUUCAGUCAGUUACAGGCAAAGAGACAGAGUUUCUCCUACAUCUGGUUUUUAUUCAGUGUAAGUAGGCUGGCCUGUGAUGUCACUGCCAGAAGCACAUGUCUUCCUACACACUGCCCCUAGUGGUACCCCCAAAGCAUUACACUAAAUAUGCUUUCUUUAUGAUGUAAAGUCUUUAAUUAAUAAAUACCAUUACAUCAUCUUACCGUAGUGAAUGAGAAAUCAACUUUAAUGCACAUGGUAACCACAGUUUAAAUUUGUGUUAGUUAGGAAAUCAAAACUGUAUAUUGCUCAAAAUGUAGGUAGAACAAUGGAUAACUAAAUUGUAUUAAGCAGCUAUUCUCAAAUGUUUCAUAAUUUGUCACCAUUGCAUCUGUAUGUUUUUGACUUUGGAUCUCCGUGGUUUAGGUUUAAAUCCUUACCUGACUUUAAAUGCAUCAACUAGUGGAACAAUACUGAUUGAUCUUGCACCGGAUGACAAAGAAUUUCUUUCUGUGGAAGAAGAGGUAAAACAAAAACAAAAUUUACAAAAUUGGAUGUAAACCAUUUUAAACCAUUUACCUUCGCACCUAAAGCAAACUUGUCCCCUUAUUUUCAAUGCAUUUUAGAUAUUUAAGUUGCAUACUUUUCCCUUUUAUUUGUGCACUAAAAUUGAUAGCAAAUUUGUAAUAAUAAUUUUAUUUUCAUUAACAAUUCGUUACUUUGAAGUGGCUAUGGUGGAUGGAGUGCCCACUUGCCAUCAUUUGGUUCACUGUUUAACCAUUCACUGAUGGUUUAAUGGUAAACAUGAGUCCCCGGUUACCUGUGCUGCUCCUCAAUGCUUCUACUGCUCAUGCAACACACUCUGCUUAUCACAUCACAUCGCCGCUUUGGCAAGGAAACGUUUCCCAAGGCUGAAACAGCAGGGUGCUUCUGGACUUUAGUUCAUUGAUAAAGAGACAGUCUGGGCACCACAACUUCAUAGUAAUUAAAUUGUUAUGGUGCGAGAAGGUCCUGUGCAUAGUCUUGCCAUAAGAUAUUAAACCAUUAAUGAAUUAUUUAACCACAAUAUUUGGAAAAUGGCAUCUGUUUGCUCUGCCCAUCUACUUUCUUACUUGACCUUAGACCUGGUGGCACUGAGAGUGUCAGUUGACACUCUUCGCCUAUCACUAGCUUCCCAUUCAUAAAACCGAGUGAAAAGGGUAUAUAUCUUUUUCACAAACUUUUCUGAAUGGGGAGCUAGAGGUCUCAGCCGCACCUGAAAAGAAGUAGAUUGGGUGCCGCCUUUUAAGUUUGGCGUUAACACUUUAACCCCUUAAUGUAAGAUGGCUCCUGGUACCUCACAGCACCACAAUAAUGACCUCAUUGUAAUAAAAUUAUGAUGGAGUGUGGUUUAUUUUUUAUUUUAUUUUUUUGCGUAUGUGAACGAUCAAAGGGGGGUAGCUUGUUAUAAUGCUCAACGUUCCUUUAAGAGUUAAUCCAUGUAGCCUCUAGCCAAUUUCAUAUUUGAAAUAUGACAAAGCUCAGUGAAGGCUCUCCAAUGUAUUUAGGUAUUCUAUGCUUUUUUUAUUAAAUUUUUUUUAUAUUUUGAUUUUUAUUGCUUAGAUGCAGAGCACUUUAAGGGAACACAGAGAUGGUGGGCAUGCAGGUGGUGUCUUCAACAGAUACAACAUAUUAAAGGUACAGUUAAUCAGUACAAAGCAAUUUUAGCAAACCACAUGCAUUGUUUGUACAGAACUCAUUUGCAGUCACAGCAGGAAAUAAAUCUAUACACUUUUUUUUUUUUUUUUUCUCCUUGCCAAUGUAUAGAUUCAGAAAGUGUGCAAUAAAAAGCUUUGGGAAAGAUACACUCACCGGAGGAAAGAGGUUACAGAGGAAAAUCAUAAUCAUUCCAACGAACGAAUGCUGUUUAAUGGUAGGCAACUGAUAAUGGCUUUUUUGAUGCUUUGCUUAUCAAGGAUGUUUAUAAUACUUGCAUGGUAACAUAUUCAAAUGGUACAAGUAGAUUAUUGUACUCUCACUUCACAAUUGUUAGAGACUUGUAUAAUUGAUUUAUAGAGCCGUGCAUCUUCUCUCAAAUCUAGCGCUUUUUCUGUAUGUCAUGUAUAAGCCAUUAGAUUUUUCCUUCAUUUUUUUUUUCUUAAAUUUUUUGUUGUUCACAGGUUCUCCAUUUGUUAAUGCAAUUAUUCACAAAGGGUUUGACGAAAGACACGCAUAUAUUGGUGGCAUGUUUGGAGCUGGUAUAUAUUUUGCUGAAAAUUCUUCUAAAAGUAACCAAUAUGUUUAUGGAAUUGGCGGGGGGACUGGAUGCCCAAUUCACAAAGACCGAUCGUGCUAUGUUUGUCACAGGUAUUUAUAACCACACUGUACAGUCUUGUAUUUUACUUGUUAUUAAUGAACAAAUGACAAAUCAUUCCUGUCGUUUGCAACUGGACCUUUGUCUUAAAGGACAACUGUCAUAAAAUUUUCACUCCCCCCUCAAGGUUUUACAUUUAAUGAAACUUAAUGAUGUCUUAAAGACAUUAGUAGUUUUAGACACAACUUGGAUGCCUAGCGGGAUAAAGAAGUGAAAUGUUUAAGGAAUAUCAAUAUACAUCAUUUUAAAAAUAAAAAAUUAAAUUUCAUUAAAGGGUUACUCCAAGCACCAUGACCACUUCAGUAAUUUGAAGUGAUCAUGGUUCCUGGAGUGCGUAUGUGCAGCAUUUCACUAUGAAACGCUUCACAUUCAGAGUCUAACCCCUCUGCUGACAAAGGUAAUUCCACCUCUGGCAUUGUCAUUAGUCAGACCAUAGCAAGAUGUCCUUUUUAAAGUGGCAAUGGGUUGAUGUGAUAGGCAGAGUGUGUCACAUGAACAGUAGAAGCAGUGAGGAGCAGCCAGGGACCCAAGUUUACCGUUAAACCAUCAGUGGUUAAAUAGUGAGCCGAAUGAUGGCAACAGUAGCGCCCCAUCCAUCAUAGAGGUGACUUGGUAAUGAAAAUAAAUAAAAUUGUUACACAUUUUCCAUCCAUUUGAAUGCUAAAAUGAUUAGGAAAAUUAUUCACAAAGCACCCCCUUAUUUUCAAUUAAUUUUAGAUAUUUCAGUUGCUUCAGAGACCAACACUUCCCAACCAUGUAACAGAAGAAAUUUUCUCAUCUGCCAUAUUUGUCAUUUUAUAUAAUUUUAUAGUGGCACUGUCACCGUCUGGAGACUUAACAUAAUUUGCAAAGACUCCCAACUGUGACAUCGCUGCUGUCUGAACCUGCCACCUCGCAGGUGCCGCCAUCUUUUUCCGGUCUGCCCUCUUCUGCUCGUCAGGAGUCAACCCCACUGCUGUACUCUCGCGCAUGCACAAGAGUACAGCAUUGAGGUCUGUGACGGUUAGCCAAUUAACUGCAGAAAUUACCUGUCGCAAGUGUCGGCUGGGAGAGUGACACUUCUAGGUGUCGGUAGCUCCGCUCAUUGUCUAAAAGUGUCAGGCGUUGGAAAAAUACUAUAUAAGUAGUUCAUACUUUGUCUCCGUUUAUCUUUUGGUGGGGUUAGAUUUUCUGUGAAAUUCCAACAUGGUCAAUAUGAGUAUUUUAUCUUUAUGAAAUUCUCAUUAUACAGGGAGGUGACCGUGCCAUUUUAUUAUAAUUUUUUUUUUUAUUUCAACUUUUUAUGCACAAUUUUAAUGAUGUUGAUUCAAUAGAAGGCAAAUACAUUUUUUUUUAUUUGAUUGCAAAUUAUAACGCAAAAAGGGGGAAAACAAAUCCUUCCUGACUCCAUAAUGGUGUCAAAUCUCUCCUUGGCUCAACAUCCUGUUUGAAUAUAUAUUAUAUUCUUGCAUUAUUAAGUGUUCUUGCAUAGCAAGACCACUUAAUGUUAUCUCACAUAUAUAUUAUUAUUAUUAUUAUUAUUAUUAAGUGUUCUUGCAUAGCAAGACCACUUAAUGUUAUCUCUCAUAUAUUAUUAUUCUUAUUAUAGCCAAAUUUACCACCCUAACUCCCCCCCCAGUUUUUACACUACACAGACAGUAAUAUACUGAAACGUAUGGAUUGUUCCCGAUCAGAUUGCUAUUACUUUGUGGAACGUUUCGCCAAAUGGUUCACAGAACAUCGUCGUUCUUGUGGCGAAAUUGGUCCCAUAGGAAUGAAUGGCAAAAUGUUCAAAACUAGAGUGGGAGCUGGCAAAAGCUGAAAAAUCAGGACAUGAUUUCUAAACUGCCACCACUCCCUCAUUUUCAAGCCCACCUACACCAAUCUUAUAUCAAAACGUUCAGCUAUCCUUGCUGCCACUAAAAAUGUCCACGGCUAAGCCAUAGUCCUGAUAGUUUUCACAAUUUGACCAUUUGUUUGCAACUCACGCCGUCCAUUGACAUUCAUUGAAACUUCACUCUAGCCAGCUCAAACUUGAAAGGCAAUUUCUAAACUGCGACUGUGCCUUCACUUUUAAUAUUUUAGAGACAUAUGUAUCACAAUGUAGGUCUGGGUCUUAUGAUUCUCACAAUAUAAAGCUCUUCGCUGUAGGAUGUACAGUUUUUAAAAUACGACCGUUUGAAAAUGGCAACAGCCAAAGUACUCUGACCUGUGCCAGGCUGCAGCAGCAAGUGAUGUCAUAGACAGGGCCUUUUGAACACCUGCUAAUGUUUUUAUAAAUGUAUGUUUUAAUGUAACUGUGAAGCACUUUGGGCAACAACGUUGCAAUUAAAUGUGCUAUAUAAAUAAAUAAAAAUUGAAAUGCAUUUCUCACUCUAUCAAGCUUGCCAUGUGCACUUUUUAAAUGUGAUCAAUCAAUUGGUUAGUGUAAUGUUUACUAUCUUUACUCACUCCACACAGUUACUCUGCCCACUCCCUAAAGUUACUUUGCCCAGUCCAACUUUUCCACAGUUACUCCAACCACACAAGUUACUCAAGCCACUCCACCCAGUUACUCCGCCCACCCCAGUUGUAGACUACUGGUGGAGGCAAGAACACUUCACACAAUUUCCCCAUAAAUUGUAGCUUUUCUAGUUAUUUUUUUUUAUUUUUUUUCGUACAAAAAAAUAGAAACCAAAACACCAUUGAUUACUACAUAACAUGUAAUUUUAUGUUUAUUGUUUUUUUAUAAAUAUAUAUAAUUUUUUUUUCUUCUUAUGUUUCUAAUAGGCAACUGCUGUUUUGUCGUGUGACGCUGGGUAAAUCUUUUUUGCAGUUUAGUGCAAUGAAGAUGGCACAUUCACCUCCUGGACACCACUCGGUCACUGGUCGACCCAGUGUAAAUGGACUUGCCUUAGCAGAAUAUGUGAUAUAUAGAGGAGAACAGGUAUGAUAAUAACAAAUAUUUAUUUACUCUGUAGUAUAUAGAAAUUUGAGAUUUUGGUUAAAAAUAACUUUUUAUGUAAAACAAAUCUAUUUUUGACACAUUGUGUUAAUUUGUUCUCUUUGAGAAAGGCAUUGAUUGUUCUUCAGUGAAGCAGCUUUCACUGCUAGGUGGCGGUUUUGUUAAAGGCAGAGCCUACUUGUGCGCUGUCUCUUCCCUGGUACACAUGCACUAAGCUUUGUAUAUCUUUCCCACCAGUUGUGUUUUAAGCCCCACAUCUGCAUACCAUAUAUCUAAUUUUAUCAGUGACAGAUUUGAAUCCAUGGCAGCUAUUUUGCUUGAAUAAUCAUCAAAGGGUCUGCAUUUAUAUAUUUUAUUCUCUGCAGUGGCAUAAUAUUCAUAUUAAGUUUAUUCUCCAAUGUUUUUGUACUACUGCACAUGUUUGAGAGUACAGUAAUGAGUAGGCUCUUGUCAAAUGAAGCUGCCAUAAUCUAAAUACAGAAGAAGGGAAGUGAAAAAAAAAAAAUCAAUAUCAGUCGAUCCCUAAUCCUCACGCUUUGCAUGAGCAUAUCUAGCCUAAAGUAAAACCCCACAGGAAAGUUUGCACUUAGGUCCUCCCCAUCAACUGACAUCAGCGAUUGAGGAGUUCGACCCAGCGCCAAGGGAGACUUUACUGUUAGCAAAACAUCUCUCAUAAUGUCUCACUUUUUAAAUGCAUAAUUACCUCACUUUCAAACAAACUCGUUUUCCUGCCAUUAUAUAGUCCUUGAGUCUCCCCCACCCUCAAGGUCUACCUUCAGCCACUUACCUUUAUCCAGUGCCGGAUAUAGUGGUCCUUUAACAGUUAACCCUGUGCUCUUCAAACUUAAACUGAGGUUUUUUUGGUUGUAGUGAAAGCUCUUCCCAUUUAGAACAUGUAAUUCUGCAACCUGGUUUAACACACUACUUUCUCUGUUUAGUGAUAGGAUUAUUUGCCUGUGAAUUGAUCAGGUCUGCUAAUUGGCUUUUUUCAAAUGUUUUUUUUUGUAUGGUAUAUUCUUAUAUUGAUGGGUUUCUGACAAGGGAAAUGUGCAUAUUUUAGGUUGUAAAUUUUCGAAGGUUUUGCUCAAUUUAGGUUUGUUUGUUUUUUCCCUUUUGUUUGUUUGCUAGACCGUGUUUAUUUAUUUAUUUAUUUUGUGCAAAAUAAAGAAUAUUGCCAUACCACAAAUCCGACAAUAGAAUGGCUUGCUAAAACUUGUAAUUUUCUUUUCCUCCAGGCUUACCCAGAAUAUUUAAUAACCUAUCAAAUAAUGAAGCCAGAAGCUAGUGGAACAGGAUGAACGGAAGGAAAUGUUUAACUAGCUACUUAUCUUUUUUUUAUGUUUAUUUUAUUUUAGAUACAGUUCUUGUGAAUGCAUUGUAACAUCUUGACAGACUAAAGCUUUAAAUAAUAUCCAGUAUAUUACCUGAACAUUCACAAAAUACUUUUAUCUGCACUUUAACAGACGUCAUUCUUACUCUGAAAAUGCGUUUGUCUAUAUAACUCUACACCGAAAUGUUUUGAGUUAACUUGAAUUUGUUUUUUUUUAUGCAACCAUGAAAAUCUAAUUAAAUUUAAACCAGUCUAAAAAAAAAAAAAAAUUACUAAAUUUGUGUAUUUUAAAGCACAUCAUUUACACUGAACGUAGGUCCUUUGUAAAACUGUAAAUAAGAGCUUUUGUAUUAGCCUGCUAUUUAUUACAUUGCUUUGUAAUAUAGACUUUUAGAAUUCAGCCAUGUAAAAAUAUAUAAUUGCAACUGUAAUGCAGGCUGGUUUUGCACCAAAAAUAAUUCUUAAUUAUUGUGGCAUUUAUUUUUUAUCUUUAAUUAAGAGAAUUGAUCCAACCCCUGCUUUAAACCAAACUAUAGAAACUGUUUUGUUUCAACCCAUGCUUUUAGUUAUUGUUUUGUGUGGCUUUUUUUUUUUAAUCUAUUUUUUUUUUCAUUUCAAAAAACAAAAACAAAAAAACACCUUUUCUAAGAUAUGUCAUGGUUCCAGUCUUUAUAUCAUAUUGUGAUACAGUGACUCCAAAGUCAGCAAGUAGAAAAUACUUUUUUUUUUUUUUUUUUCUGUUAGAGGUAUGUAACUUGUUAGGAUUGUAAUGUUUGUUCUUAAAGAGGUUUUUAAAUUCGGAGAGAAAAAAAAACAAAAAUAAAAAGAAUACACACACUAACCUUUUUUGACUUUCAUGUACUUGUGUAUGAAAUAUAUGAGCAACUGAAAGAAAGAUGAUUAAUCUGCAUAAAAUGUGUUUAUUAAGUCCAUGUAUAUGUUGUCUUUAUUUACAAGAUGAUGUAAAAAUUGGGACCAUCACAGUUCACCUUUAAAAAGAGUACAAUAUUCCUAGCAAAUAGUAGUAAAUGUCUCUGCAUAAGUUUAGUUACUGCCAACAGUGUGCUAUUCCAAGACAGCUUGGUAAAAGCAUGGUUUCUUGACAAUUACACUGGGUCCUGAAAAGCAGUACGGUCUGAAGGUAUGAGUUUUAGAGAGAGAAAAAAUAGGAUAAUGAUAGAACUCACUUUUUUUUUUUUAACCAGCCUUUAACCUGAAUAAAAGCAAUAUUUUAUUUUUACAACAUAUAAGUCCUUGGAGUUCUCAUUAUCCUAUUUUUGUAUAUUUCUGCGGGCAAGGACCGGGCACAGUGUUUAUUUGUACAGAUUUGUGAUUGAUUAUAUAUGUAAUAUUGAUGCCAAUUGGUUUGUGAUGAUUUCACAAAACCAGGGACUGUAGAGAAUUGGCAAGAGAAUUGCAUGUUUCAGCCCAAAAUCGCAGAGCUGGGAAAUAGAACUUUUCCAGUUCAACUACCCUAACAUAGUUUGCAUCUUCCACUGAUUCUCCACAAUUCUUAGAUUGUUGAAUAAUAUUGUUAGCAAGUAUAAAGUAACUAGUCUUUUAAAAGGCUAAUAGUAAAAGAGAGAUGACGCAAAGCCAUACUGUUUUAGGGGACACCUUUGGCACCAAAACAACUUUAAUGCUUUUGAUAGGUUUUGGCCUCUUCUCUAAGCACGAAAAAUAGUUUUUUUUUCUUCAGAAUCCUGUUCCAUAAGCCUGUCUCCUUAGCCACACCCCCUUUCUUACCAAUUGUAUACAUGCAACUAAUCUCGUGACAGUACUGAGCAAACUGUUUUAAAUUUACAUCCUGUCUGCAGAGUAAAAAGAACACUCUAAACAGUCAGUGAAACCCUUACUAAAUGUUUCAUGUUUUUUUUUAUCAGUUUGACAAUUUUUAUUGUUUACAGUGUAUAUAAACUGCAAAUUAAAAUAAGAUACAAAGGAACAAUGUGGAAAAGCAUCGAGUCAAGCGUUGACGGGUAUUUCCCUCCAAAUUGCAGUGUUACAGAUAUUCACCAAAUACAUAAAAUGAGAAUAAAAUCAGAAAAAUUGUGCUCUCUGUUUUAUGUAUUUGGUGAAUAUCUGCGACACUGCAAUUUGGAGGGAAAUACCCUUGAACGCUCGACACUCUGACGCUUGACCCUGACCUACCAUCUACAAGGAACCAAGUUGAGCGACAUAUCCACAGGCGGGGAUCAUACCGCCCAGGCACAUAUAUCUGGAGCUGAAUAUAAGCUCCAGAAAAUUGUUGCAUUUUUCAUAUUUUAUCUCAACACUUAUUGAAUAUACUACAUUAUAUUCUGUUUUCUGUCCUCAUUUUUUCCAAACCGACUCACCACCAUAUGAGUUUGAGGACACCCAGAAGGCGCUGCUUCCCUGUACCCUUUCCUGACUUAUACCUAGUUACUGCCAGGUAGAAGAGACUCUGGUUUGGGAAGUACCAGCUGCCAUACCCAGAUCUAACAAGUGCUAGGAACCUCACCAUCACACACAUAUGGUGAGGUUCCUAUAUAUGUUCAACUCUUACUAGUGGCUUGGUAUUGUUUUAACAGAUUUUGGGUGGUGUGUGUAUAUAAUGUAUGUUUGAGUAUAAUUUGUCAUGACUGUAAAUUGUGUAUUUGGGACAGAUUUAAAAUUAAUAUUUAUAUGUUAAGUCCAGUUUGUCUGUAAUUCAGCUUACAAAUGGAAUUCAUUGUAGUUCUAACCUUUCAGGAAAUGGUAUUCUUCAUUUGUGAUUUCCAGAAACGGUAGGAUCUUAUGUUCCACAUGUUUGUUUGUCAUUUUAAAUAUUUGAACACUGUUUUGUGUUUUUGGUUUUUUUUUGCUUUGCAUGUAGUGUGUGAUGUGAUAUUUUCCACAUGUUGAGCAAGAAGUAAAGAAAUGUGGAAGUGUUUGGACAUUGUACUGUUUAAAAGGACUUGUUACUGUAAAUUUGACUUGCUACCACACCUGCUUGCUCUGUGUAUUAAAUUGUGUUAUCAGUAAGGAUUUUGUUUUACUUUAAAACAAAAAAAAUAAUAAUAAUAAUCUUCUCAAGAUUUGAAGGACAACGGUCAUCAAAUUUCGACUUUCAGCCAAAGUUUUGUUACAUUUGAUAUAUAUUUUUUUCUGAAAAAAUAUCACUUUCGUAUCUGACUGAGCAGUCGUGUUAAGUUAGAUUGUGCUGUUAACUAACCAGCUGCUGUGAUUGCUCUGUGUGAACCUGGAGCCACAGACAUGUUACGUUUGGUAGAAUCUUACCCAGUAUAGCUGCUCAGUCAAAUAAAGCAGUGAUAUUUUGUCAAUCAAUAUACAUAAUUUAAAAUCAUGCUUCAUCAAAGGGAUACUUUAAGCACUAAAAGAACUGGAUCUUAAUGAAGCAAUUUUUUUUUAGAUCCUACCCCUUCAGUCUCACUACUCGGGGAUAUACAACUCAGGAGUUAAAUUACUAUUUAUUUUCUGUUUUUGCAGCCCUAGCCAUAUUUUCCCUGCUUAAGAUUCAUACAGGCUACGCAAAAAUGUUUUUCAAUCAGUACAGUGUGUUUACUUUAGAUGUUUUUAUCUCUUAUUGUGCUAAUCCAUUUAUAUUGUGCUAACUUAUUCCUCAGUGCUUUUCAAUAUUAUAAAGUUGGAAAUGUAACAAUAAAUUAGACAAUUACAAAAUGGUACUGGGACAGUAGGUUGAGGACCCUGCUCAAACGAGCUUACAAUCUAUUUCUUGCUCUGUUCAUUGAAGUUUAGUCACACACAGGAGGCUCCCAAGGCCUCUGGUAGGCGAUACAACAUUCUAAGUUAAACAGAAUGUGCAAUAAAGGUAGUGUAUACAGGGGAAAGGUGUGGGUCACAUGCAGGGGAGAUGUGACUAGGGCUGCAUAAACAAAGUGUUCAAAUUACUCAAUGGCAUGAUUGCAUGAGCAUGAUCUAUACAUCAAAACUACUCCAAUAAGCUAAAGCUGUUUUGGUGAUUAUAGUAUCCCUUUAAAUGUAAUAAACAUUUUUAUUUCUUUUUUAAUAAAAAUUUGACAGUUGUCCUUUAAAUGUUUAGCAAUUAAUGCGGACAAAAAUGGUGGUGCAACUUAUUGGGAAAGUUAAACAAUUCCACUACUUUUAUUUAUUUAAAGCAGCAGCUGUUUUUUUUUUUAAAUAUACUGUUAAUACUAAUUUGACAUUUACAAAAUUACUGUGAAAAACCUCUAAUGAUCUUGCAGUCGAUAAUAGCCAUGAUAUAAGGCAUGCUAGUUUUACUUCUUUACCUUCCUAGUUAUAGAACAAGGUUCCAUGUCUACAUUAAAUGGGGGUUCAUAAUCCCAGGAUCGGAAACCAAAAUAGAUUAUCGAUGGGGUCUCCAUUGACUGCAACAAUCAUGGCAUAUUUAUCAUGUCCCAGGUAACCAAGUACCUGCUAUAAAUUUACAAUAACCACAUGAACACAACUUGCACAUCUGGAGGAAUCUAAUGAAAGUAUAUGUUGAGUUUAUAUGUUGUAUACUAUGUUAAGUGUAAUACUAGGCGAUAAUCAGAAGAACAAGUUGUCAUGUUAAUACAAUGUAUGUGUUCCUGUAUUGAGACUUCGAUCCAAUGAGUAGUGUGAUUUUUUUUUUUUUUUUACCAUAUUGAUCUAUUAUGGAUUUAAUGUCUAUUUUUGUGUCAUUAUCCCAAUAGCUUUUUAUUUUGUCAGCAUUCAUUUCUAUAAAUAUAUUUUCGUGAUGAUAAUUAAAAUGGGC